AGGAAUUUUAUGUGUUAAAUAGUCAUAUACGCACCAGUCAAUUUCUGUUUAUUUUAAAGAAGAAAUUGAAAACAAAAUCAAAAUUUCAAAACUCAGGAGGGACUCAGCAGCUGAGAUUGUUACUACAAUGAGAAUAGAUAGUCCACCUUAAAGGUUGGUCCACCUUAAGUGAGCCUGGCCAGGGUAGCCAACUUAUUGUCACUAACUUCAACGCUAACCCAUUCACUUUAAUCAGCAGUUGGCAAAAAGACACAGUAAGUUGACUCGGCUUUUAUUCACUAAACUGAACAUAGAUUUCACUGCUACGUUCACAUCUGUUGACUUCAUACCAGUUUAUCUCUGCUCCAGUUGCUGGUGUUAAAACACUCGCUCUCUCUCUCUUUCUCAAGCAAACACUCUCUACACACCUCUCUUCAGUAACCAAAAACAAUAGGCAAUAUGGAGGACAGCAAAAAUGAUCAAGGUCAUGUCCAUGUAUUGUAAAAUAAAUUGAUAAUGUAAUGAUCUCUUUUAAGAUUAAAAAACUGGUAAAUGUUUUACCUGUAGACAUGUAAUUUUGAGAUAUACUUUUGAGUAAAACUACUUUUUUAGCAACAUGUUUUUCUCAGCAAGUUGUGUAAGUGACCAGAAACACUAUGUUCUUGGUAUCAUGUAGCCAAGUGAAACUGUGCCUUUGGGCUUUGAAAAAACAGUGAGGUUGGCACGUGACUUGUUGAGGUAUAAGUGGGUAUGAAAGCGAAGAAAAUGAACAGACAUUUCUUCUGAGCCAAUUUUUGGUGUAGAGUAAGGAUUAUCUUUGAGACAUGUAGCAACAAGUGCAACAUAUUUUUGUAAGUGUUCCUUUAUCUGUUGACAGUGAAGUGGGAGUGUUGAAAUUUGACUGGAUUUCCUCAUCAUGAUGAAGCUGAUCCUGUCUCUCACUCUCAUCUGGACUCUCUCCAGCACAGCUGAACCUCUUCAGUGUUGGCAGAGUGAAGGAGAUGAAAGAUGGGAGUUACGUCCAUGUGACUCUACGGAUCUGUGUGCAAGUGUUGCUGCACAAGGAUAUGUGAAUCAAAAUCUCCAACAGAUCACCAACAGGUUGUGUUUGCCAUCCUCUCUUUUCAGUGAAGGAAAGCACACAUAUUCAUACAAUGUUGGUUUUGAAACUAUGACUGUAUCUGUUCAUGUGUGUAACACAGAUGGCUGCAACAGUGAAGACAUACCUUACCCUGGUGUUCAGAAGAAAAACAACCUGAAAUGUUUCACCUCCGAUGAUCCAUCUUGUGCUGAGUGUAACCAGACAGUACAGUGUGAAGGAGUGCAGGACCGCUGCUUUAGUGGAACUGCAGAAGAUAUCAGAGGCACAUUUCAUACCUUUGGAUGUGUCUCUGCCAACCUCUGUGAAAUACUUUCUCACUUGGAGCUCCCUUUUCCAUAUGUUGAAUUCCUUCGUGCACCAACAUGUUGUGGAAGCAGCUUCUGUAACUCAGCUUGAUCUGUCAAACUGAAUAUGAUCACUUUGCUGUUUGGACUCAUUACCCGUAUCUUCUAUUAUAACAAAGAUAAACUAACAGAAUAGUCACACACACAGAGUGCUUAAAAUAUUUUAUUUAUGUUGAUUUAGACGUUUUACACAGACUGAAUCAUUGACAUUUAAAUGUUUUGAUUAAUCUGACAUGCUCCUUUAGGAUUUUGAAUGCAUCAACUGUAAUGCCUCUAAAUCCAUUAAUUUAAAUACGCAGAGGACACGAAUCUGUUCAGUUGAUACAGUUGAGAUUGUUUAAAUUGAUUUAGUCAAAUUUCGAACAGCAGCUCUAAUUGUCUCCUCAUUACUCCUCCAACUUAAUAAAUAGGUCGGAUGUGUUUACUGAGCUUGGUUGCUGAGUUACACACAAUUUAACUAGGAGUGGUUCUGGGUGUCUCUUCGCAAGUGCAACAGCUCACUUCUCCUUUACUGCAGUAUCUUCUCUUUAAGCUGAACUCUUUUGAUGUAGUCUCUUCUACAUGUAACUCUGUCAUCCUUUAUUGUACUUAUUGUUUUUGUAAAAUUAAAAAAAAAAUAAUAUAUAUAUAUAUAUAUAUAUAGUUAUAUUAAGAAUCAUGAAGCAACAUAUUUUACGUUCGAAUAGAUUUUGUAAUUUUCCCAAAAAAAAUUUUCAAAAGAAAUAAUAGUGAUAUAUUUAACAAUUAUAAAAUAAAUGAUAAUAAAUGAAAAUAAAUAAUAAAUGAAAAUUCACGAGGAAAAAAAUGAGAAGUUGAUGAUUUGUUGAUUAUUGCAGCUGUUUAUAGAAGUAAACAGUCUUCUUUGUAUUCAAGUGUGUCAAGUAACUUCCUCUUUUUAAAUAUAGGUUCAAUAUUAAGUGUUUCCUGCAAUCUGCAGAUUUACUCACCAUGAUGAAGCUGAUCCUUCAUCAUGAAACAAGUUAACUAUAUGUAUCCUGCUGAAUGAUGAAAAGUGCUCCAAUGAGUUUUGAUGCAUUGGCUGAAUGUGAGCACACAGCAUGCUCCUGUAUACUUCUGCAUUCAUUCUGUUUGUUCUGUCAGCAGUGAAAUCAUCAAUA